GCACGCGCAGCCCUCCUUUACUGUUUUUGUACUCGGUACCGACCGUUACUUAGUAUUAUUAGUAAAUAAACUAAAUAAAACAUACUAUCAUUAAACUAUUUUGUUCUUGAUAAAUAAAACAUACUACCUACUAAGUAAUUUUUAUCGAAUAAUUUUGUUCAGUUAUUUUAUAAAUUUUAUUUUAUUUAUGAGAGUGCGUAAAAGUUACUAACUAUGGACAAUGAAAUAUGUUUUGUGUGUUGUUUUGUGUUUUGAUGGAAGUAUAAAGCGGAACAUUGGAAUCAGAGACUAAUAAAUUAGGUGUAAACAACAAUGAUGUUCCAAGAGAUAGCGUUCAAGGCAGAGAUGGAUCGCCACAACGACCCUGAGUCUGUGGAGGAAGCGAGGAUCCUGUGUGAUGAGGAACCAGCUACCAGGCAACGGAAUAUAGAGGAGCUACGGAGGAUGAUCUAUGAGCGCGGUGAGUGUACUCCACCUCGGACCGACGACUCGUUCCUGCUCCGGUUCCUAAGGGCGCGCCGUUCAGUGCCAGCAAGAGCUCAUAGACUGAUGGUUCGCUACUGCAACUUCCGGGAACAAAACCCGCACUUAUGGCGCGACCAGGACUGGUUCAGUUACACUCGAAUGGGGAACGUGUAUGAAGGCGUACUCUUCGACCGACCUGAUGUCGGCAGGCUCAUUAUAUGCAGACUUGGUUUAUGGGACCCUGAUCAAAUCUCAGCUGAGGACCUUGUCAGUGCUUGUCUACUACUUUUAGAGGUGGGCAUCAUGCAGCCCAAGCUUCAAGUGUUGGGUGGAACAGCCCUCGUGGACUGUGAGGGAAUCACCAUGAAGCAUGUCAGACACAUAUCUCCGUCUAUAGCACUGCAAGCCAUUAAUGUUAUGGGGUUUGCGUUUCCCCUGCAUCAACGUGGGGUCCAUGUCAUCAACUGCUCCCGAGUGUUUGAAACUCUAUUCCACUUCUUCAAACGCCUGGCACCGGCUGAUGAUCUCUGGAAAAGAGUCCAUUUCCAUGGAUACAAUCUUAACUCAUUACAUAGGUUUAUACAUCCCGAUUGCCUCCCGAAACGGUACGGUGGUCUUCGAGAUGAGGUAUCACUGGAAUUAUGGCUAACUAAGAUCAAACAGUACAAGAAUAAGGACUUUGAUACCGAUAUGAGAACGCUGGGAUACUGCGUUGAUUGAUAUAUGUUGAAGGACAUUUUGCUAGCAUGGUUUUGUAAUAAAAAAAAAAUAGUGUUACUGUGGUAAAAUUUGGCAGAGUAUUUAUUGAUCUUUGCCUGUAUUGAUCUCUAUUUACGUAGAAAUGCUAGUUAUCGCAGUUGUUAAACGGGUAUAAUCACAGAGCAAUUAAUACA